AUGCUUCAACAACACUGGACUUCCGAGGCUACCCUGAUUCCAACUACAGGAGAUGAUUUGAACAACAGCAACAGCAGGACGAGCAAUCGUCGUCAUCAAGCGCAACAUGCUGCUGGAGCUCUUGCGAGUCGUCUCGGUUUGGAUUCAUCUUUUCUUCAACAAUGUUCGACUUCUAACUUAUCAUCUGCCGCAUUUGGGAUCGCAUCGCAAGUUGGAUCACGGGUUGGGGACGCAAUUGAGUUGAUUCAUCCUCAUCAAAAGAGAGGAGGACGAGUUGUUGUUGCAAACGAUGAUUCCAUGAUUCUUGAAACAUCCAAUACGUCUCCAGUACGAUGGAAACAAUACAUUCCCUUUGAUACCAAUCGAUUUGCAGUGGGUCGAGUGUCAGUUAGCGACUAUGAUGAGGAUUCAACAAGCAGCACCAGCAACGACCCCCAGCAGUGCGGCAUUCUUGUUGUUACUGGAUUCUGCAAGGAGCUUCACGAACUCCCCGUGUGA